GGUGGGACUUUCACUCGCUGUUGUUCAGUUCUCCUCAAUGGAUGCCAACAUCUUUGUUUGCUCGCAGACUCGACACACAAUCAAAGGGAAAACGUUUCAUUCAGCAUCGUAUAUAAAGAGAAGCUCGCGGGAGACGUAUGGCUUAGAUGCACUGGAUUUGAACGUGACCCGAUGAAACGAGGACAUCUCGUUAGGAUUGUGUUUAGAUGAAUCCAGAUGUGCUGAAUGGCCGUCAGACACACAGAGGGCAUCAUCUCUCUGUUUACAUACACACUGCCUUGCAAAUAAAGGGACCAAACGAGGGGAUUGAUGCACCCAUUCCAGUGGUGCAACGGGUGCUUCUGCGGUUUGGGACUAAUCUACUCCAAUAAGACCUGCACUAUGCCAUCUGUAACCUUCCAGGACCUGCCGCUCAAUAUCUAUAUGGUUAUCUUUGGCACAGGGAUCUUUGUAUUUGUACUGAGCCUUAUAUUCUGCUGCUAUUUUAUAAGUAAAUUGAGACAUCAAGCCCAAAGUGAACGCUUUGGAUACAGAGAGAUCAUCUUAAAAGGAGACCCAAAGAAGCUGAAUCUUCAUGGGACGUGUGCUGUGUGCUUAGAGGACUUUAAGGUGAAAGAUGAGCUGGGAGUGUUGCCAUGCCAACAUGCCUUUCACAGAAGGUGUGUGGUAAAGUGGCUGGAGGUUCGCUGUGUUUGCCCCAUGUGUAAUAAACCUCUGGCCGGCUCCUCCAAUCAGCAUCAGAGCAUAGGAACUUUACUGGAUGAGCUGGUCUAACACAGAGGAACUUCUGGAAAAGGACUCGAAACUGCCAUCGGACAUUGCGUGCCCUCCUUUCUUUGGAGUUUUGUUACAUAGAUAAACAGCAUAGCAGUGUUUUUUCUGCUACUGUAUGAUAUGACUGCGAACAUCACAGGGGCUAGUGUCGUAAAUCAAAGUUUAAAGCUCAUAUUACAUAAAUAACUGCAAGAGGUAAAAUAUCAUGGCCACUUUUUUAUUAUAAUUUUUAAAGAUAUUUCAUAUAGGAAUAUAUAAAUAGAGACUGGGGCUGUCAAGCUCAUAAAUGACAAAAAGCACCACAAAAUAGAAUGGUUCAAAUGCUGUUAUAUUAUAAACAGACAUUUUAAGGUUAGAAACCUGAAACGCAUAUGAGAUUGAAACAACAUGGAGUAAAUGGAGACAGAUCUGGGUGAGCUGGAAAGUUUUGCUCAGUGCAAAAAGUCAGAGGAGAAGUUUGUAAAAUACAAGUCUUAAAUACUAAUAGUAAAUGCACUACCCUCAUCAUUAAAGAGACUGAACGUAACUUUUAGCAUUCCAACACUGAACGCCACAAUACACUGCACUGGGCCCAAAGGACUUUUUCCACAUUGGUGUGUGUGUGUUUUUGUGUAUUUUACAGAUAUCAUUAGUAGUGAUGGAUUGGAUGUCUUGUCCAGACAUAUAUUAGAAUUUAUGUGCACAAAUCAUUGACCCUCUUAAAAGGAUAGUUCACCCCCCCCCAAAAAAAAAAUCAGCAUUUUCUCAUUCUUGUGUUGUUCUGAUAUGAAUUUCUUUAUUCUGUUGAACACAAAAGGAGAUCGUUUGAUAAAUGAUGAUAAGCACAGAGUUGAUGGUACGCAUUGACUUACAUAGUAUUUAUUUUUCCUACUAUUGAAGUCAAUGGGUGCCGUCACCUGUGUGCCUUUCAUUUCGUUUAUCAAAAAAUCUUCUUUUUUGUUCAACAGAAUAAAGAAACGAUGAGGGUGAGCAAAUGAUGAAAGAAAAUGUUUUUGUAAAUUUUUUGGGUGAAUGAUCCCUUCAAGAGAUUUACAGCAAACACUACCACUGUUCCUGAGAAAUAGACUGUCAGUAAAAACACAAGUGUCUUUCUUUUUGUAUUUCACUUAUUUGUAUUUGUUUACUGUAAUAUGGUUGCUAUUGUUACUAAACCUGCGGUGUUAGUUAAUAUUUCCACAUGGGAAAACAAGAAAGACGUACCUUCAAUAUGAGUAUAUCUCAUAAUU